AUGCUAAAAUUAUUAUUUUUAAUACUGCUUUCAUCAUUUACACAGUGUCUAGUUAUCCAACAUAUAGGUUACAUAGGUCAAUGGCCCCGCGACGUUGCUACAGCAAAUAGCUACUUUAAAGGACGAUACAGAAGCAAUACCACAUCUAAUCAGGUGUUAUUGGCAACGCCAUCGAGUGAUGUGUGCGAUAACAAUGGCGCGCAUAUAAAUGAUUCCGCCAGUACACCAAUACAGGAUAAUGUAGAGAAGACGGUGUUUUUAUUAGAGCCACGAGGCUUUUGUGCUGGAGUUCGCCGUGCAAUAGAGACUGUAGAAGAGGCUGUUAGAAUAUUUGGUCCUCCUAUUUACGUAAAACAUGAGAUUGUUCACAACGAGUUUGUUUGCAAUACUUUGAAGAAAAAAGGGGUAAUAUUUAUUGAAGACAUUGAAACAGUUCCUGAAGGAAGUAUAUUAGUUUUAUCUGCCCAUGGAGUGCCACCGUCAGUUCACGAGAUGGUUAAGAAACGCAAUCUCGUUGAGAUUGAUGCCUCAUGCCCACUUGUGAACAAAGUCCAUGUCUACGUAAGGAAGAAGGCAGAGGAAGGGUACAAAAUUAUAUUGAUAGGGCACAAAUCACAUGUUGAAACCAUUGGCACAUUGGGCGAAGCUCCCGAUGUCACUACAGUGGUGGAAACUGUGGAUGACGUGGACCGUUUAGAAUAUAGUCGGGAUACUCCUCUAUUUUAUGCAACACAGACGACGCUUAGUGUUGAUGAUUGCAAGAUAAUAAAGGACCGUUUGCUGGAGCGUUUCCCCUGGAUUGAGACAAUUCCUAGUGGUUCCAUUUGCUAUGCUACGACCAACAGACAAUUUGCUGUUCGUGAUGCGUGCAAUUUUUGCGAUUUGGUAUUAGUUGUUGGCAGCAGUUUGUCUUCAAAUGCGAAUCGUUUGGUUGACACCGCUAAUCUACGCAACGUACGUGCCCAUUUAAUACCGAAUGCUGAUGCCAUCACCGAAGAGUUGAUUGGUGAUGCUCGUAAAAUCGCAUUGUCCGCUUCCGCUUCAACUCCAGAUGAGCUAACUGCGGAUGUAGUUAAGAAGUUGGCCGUUCCACCAUACAAUUACAAUAUUGAGAUCUAUCAUAGUUGCGAUGAGCGUGUACCAAAGUGGAGAUUACCAAGAAACUUGGAACUCUACAUCAAGGAACAUGAUGCAAAGAUGCAGGCAAAUCUAGAAUCAUCACUAGUGUCGCCCCCUGUAAGCCCGGGUGUCAGCACAUAA